UCAUCAGGGGCGGAUACUCUGCAUUUGAUAAACAGUUGCAACGCUUGAGACAGUUUACUUCUCUGUUUACUUCAACAGACCUUGUGACAAUGGCCAUGCUUGGAGGAUUCAGUGAGACACAGAAUGCCACAGGGGACAUUCAGAAGAUUUGUGAUCAGGUGAAGUCCCAAGCAGAGGGAAAAACAAACAAGAAGUAUAAGGAAUUCAAAGCAGUUAAAUACAGGAGCCAGACUGUGGCUGGACAAAACUAUCUCAUUAAGGUUCAUGUAGGAGGAAGCGGUUACCUUGUUCUGAAAGUCUUCGAAAGCCUUCCAUGUAAUGGAGGAGCGGUCACACUGCAGGGUGUAAAGGACCAUCAAAAAGAUGCACCCAUCGUACCUUUCUAAUGUGAUCACACAGCCUGUUUCAACUGCUCACUGCCUCCAGGCUGCAGCCUCAUCAUCACAAAUUUUUAAAUCCAUUCAACAGUUUUCUCACUCAUACUCAACCACUACCAAAUCUAUUGGUAUCUAUCUAUCUCUAUUUUGCAUGUUUUCAUACUAUUGUCAAACUGUCAAUUUUACUUACUAAAUAAAAAUGCAUAAACUUCUACUUGGG